ACGUUGGUACAUUCCCGGUGACUCCGAGAGCUUAAAAAGGGCCCGGGGAGGCCGAACCCAGCAGGUUUGGUCCAGAUUUGUGUGCGCGGCCCGUACUCUGAUUCGCCACGCCCAGCAGCGAGACGCGCGCCGCCAGUCCGCAAGGGAUGGAGCGGACCGAGGUGCUAAAGCCACGCACCCUGGCCGAUCUGAUCCGCAUCCUGCACCAGCUCUUCGCCGGCGAGGAGGUCAAUGUGGAGGAGGUGCAGGCCGUCUUGGAAGCCUACGAGAGCAGCCCCGCCGAGUGGGCAGUAUACGCCAAGUUCGACCAGUACAGAUAUACCCGAAAUCUUGUGGAUCAAGGAAAUGGAAAAUUUAAUCUCAUGAUUCUAUGUUGGGGCGAAGGACAUGGCAGCAGUAUCCACGAUCACACUGACUCCCACUGCUUUCUGAAGAUGCUGCAGGGAAAUCUAAAGGAGACAUUAUUUGCCUGGCCUGACAAAAAAUCCAAUGAGAUGAUCAAGAAGUCUGAAAGAAUCUUGAGGGAAAACCAGUGUGCCUACAUCAACGAUUCCAUUGGCUUACAUCGAGUAGAGAAUAUUAGCCAUACAGAACCUGCCGUGAGCCUUCACUUGUACAGUCCGCCUUUUGAUACGUGCCAUGCCUUUGAUCAAAGAACAGGACAUAAAAACAAAGUCACCAUGACAUUCCAUAGCAAAUUUGGAAUCAGGACUCCAUUUACAACUUCAGGAUCACUGGAGAACAACUAAGGAGCACCAGACCCUCUGAGGUUUUACUUUAAGGUCCGGUGAAAGUUUUGCCUUGGACAGGAAGCCCUCCUUCCAUUUGCUGUCCAGUAAUAUACUUUACAAGGCCAAUACUUAGAUCUACUAUAAGGCAGAUGCUAAUCAUAAGGCAUUAAGUAAGCAAAUAGUGCCCUGAGCUACUGUAGAAGAAAAAACCCCACUAAAGAUAAAAAGGCUUGUGAUUUUAAAGGCCAAAUCAAGUGCUCCACUCAUUUUACCCUCUAAACCCAUUGGAACUAUACUGGGAAUGUCGAUGAAGGUUUUUAUAGUUUUUGGAAACACUGGUCUCUGAACUAUAAUUAGCAAUAAAUAAAAACAAGACAUCAAACCACCCACCUUGUUACUUGGAGGACUAAAUGUAGAUGUCUUCAUUGUACUUUGUAUGUUCUUAAUAUUUGAAGAGAAGUUUUUGAAUCUGUGCAUUUUAUUUUUUCAAUCUUAUUUUACAAAUUCCUGUUCUAUAAAUAAUAGGGUAUUGUAGAUAGAGAAACUUAAGGCACUUUGCCAUUUGGUAAUGAAAUGAAGGGCAGAAGAUUUAGAAAAAUACAGGUACCCAAACCCACAACAAACCAAAAUUAUAAACUCAUGUCUAAUGUGUCCAGUGGUCAAAGACUUUGUACUGCUGCCAGAAUUGCCAAAUAAUUUUAAUAAAAGUGGAUUUGAACAUAA